AUGGGAUGUCACCAGCCCUGUGCUUUGGCCUUUGACCCCCAGCUGCAGCUCAUUGGCCAUCGGGUCAAGUCUGGAGCCAUCAAGAUUUAUGGAUCUCCAGGGGUGGAGUUUACAGGACUACACAGAGACACUGCAGCCGUAGCGCAGAUACACUUCCUCCAAGGACAGGGCCGUCUGUUGUCGCUGCUUGAUGACAACACGCUGCACCUGUGGGAGCUGGGCGGAGCUUCCCGGGACAGGGGAGGGGCUAAGAGCGAGGGUGUGGUCUACCUGGAAGAAAAACGCAACUACAGUCUCCUGGGACGACCUGGACUAGAGAGCUGCAGUGCAAGCCGUGUGACAGUUCUGCUGUUGUUGAGGUCAUGUGACCUGCUGUGUGUCGGCACGGAGGGAGGGGGCAUACACUUCCUGGAUCUGCCACGCCUCUCGUUGAGGGAUAACCAAUCACUCCUGCUGGACCAGGUAAUGCAGAGCGUACCCGAGGACUACAGGUGUGGGAAGUCUCUGGGACCGGUGGAGUCGUUACAGGAACACCCCAAGCAGCCAGGGAAGAUUCUGAUUGGCUACAGCAGAGGCCUGGUCGUCCUAUGGGAUCUCAGCACCCGCAACCCAGAACACAUGUUCCUGGGAAAACUGCAGCUGGAGUCCCUGGUGUGGGAACGUUCCGGUAGCUCCUUCGUCAGUUCCCAUAGCGACGGGGGGUACAGCGUGUGGGCUGUUGCCAGUGGUAACACGUACACACACCAGCCUGUGUCCUCGUCCAUCCCCUAUGGUCCGUUCCCUUGUAAAGCCAUCAACAAGAUGUUAUGGAGGACGAUUCAGUCAGGGUGUCCAGUAGUCCUCUACAGUGGAGGAAUGCCCAGGGCCAGUUAUGGAGACCGUCACUGUCUGACCAUCCAACAGGACAAACAACACGUCACUCUAGACUUCACAUCCAGAGUUAUAGACUUCUUCACCGUCCACACCACUGACCCGGAGCACGACUAUGAUGAUCCUAAAGCCCUCGUGGUGCUACUGGAGGAGGAGCUGGUUGUAAUAGACCUCCUGACCACCAGGUGUCCCUCCGUCCCUGACCACCCCCUGACCCCCCUGGUCCUCUGUCCCUCCUCCCUACCUGACCCCCUGGGACCCCCUGUGUUAAUAGGUCAUCCAGAGGGGUCACUGGAGAGGAGCAGACCUCCUGACCAGGGGGGUCCCUACCUGACCCCGCUCCACUCCUCCGCCAUCACCACAUCCUGGACAAGGCCAAGCUCUGGGACCGAGGGAACAGCCAGGGCGUCAGCCUGGGGUGGACAGUACACACACACACACACAGACACACACACUCAGAUCGUCAGAGGGCCAGGUCGUCAGAGAGACAGAUCGUCAGAGGGACAGGUCAUCAGAGGGGUCAGAGGGACAGGUCAUCAGAGGGGUCAGAGGGACAGGUCAUCAGAGGGGUCAGAGGGACAGGUCGUCAGAGGGACAGGUCGUCAGAGGGACAGGUCGUCAGAGGGACAGGUCAUCAGAGGGGUCAGAAGGACAGGUCAUCAGAGGGGUCAGAGGGACAGGUCGUCAGAGGGGUCAGAGGGACAGGUCGUCAGAGGGGUCAGAGGGACAGGUCAUCAGAGUGACAGGUCGUCAGAGGGGUCAGAGGGACAGGUCGUCAGAGGGGUCAGAGGGACAGGUCGUCAGAGGGGUCAGAGGGACAGGUCGUCAGAGGGGUCAGAGGGACAGGUCGUCAGAGGGGUCAGAGGGACAGGUCGUCAGAGGGGUCAGAGGGACAGGUCGUCAGAGGGGUCAGAGGGACAGGUCGUCAGAGGGGUCAGAGGGACAGGUCAUCAGAGGGGUCAGAGGGACAGGUCGUCAGAGGGGUCAGAGAAACAGGUCGUCAUAGGGACAGGUCGUCAGAGGGACAGGUCGUCAGAGGGGUCAGAGGGACAGGUCGUCAGAGGGGUCAGAGGGACAGGUCGUCAGAGGGGUCAGAGGGACAGGUCAUCAGAGAGGUCGGAGGGACAGGUCAUCAGAGGGGUCGGAGGGACAGGUCAUCAGAGGGAUAGGUCAUCAGGUCAUCAGAGGGAUAGGUCAUCAGAGGGGUCGGAGGGACAGGUCAUCAGAGGGGUCAGAGGGACAGGUCAUCAGAGGGGUCCGAGGGACAGGUCAUCAGAGGGGUCAGAGGGACAGGUCAUCAGAGGGGUCAGAGGGACAGGUCAUCAAAGGGGUCGGAGGGACAGGUCAUCAGAGGGGUCGGAGGGACAGGUCAUCAGAGGGGUCGGAGGGACAGGUCAUCAGAGGGGUCGGAGGGACAGGUCGUCAGAGGGACAGGUCGUCAGAGGGACAGGUCAUCAGAGGGACAGGUCGUCAGAGGGACAGGUCGUCAGAGGGACAGGUCGUCAGAGGGGUCAGAGGGACAGGUCGUCAGAGGGGUCGGAGGGACAGGUCAUCAGAGGGGUCGGAGGGACAGGUCAUCAGAGGGGUCGGAGGGACAGGUCAUCAGAGGGGUCAGAGGGACAGGUCAUCAGAGGGGUCAGAGGGACAGGUCAUCAGAGGGACAGGUCGUCAGAGGGACAGGUCAUCAGAGGGGUCAGAGGGACAGGUCAUCAGAGGGACAGGUCGUCAGAGGGGUCAGAGGGACAGGUCGUCAGAGGGACAGGUCGUCAGAGGGACAGGUCAUCAGAGGGGUCAGAGGGACAGGUCAUCAGAGGGACAGGUCAUCAGAGGGGUCAGAGGAACAGGUCGGCAGAGGGACAGGUCGUCAGAGGGGUCAGAGGGACAGGUCAUCAGAGGGGUCAGAGGGACAGGUCGUCAGAGGGACAGGUCAUCAGAGGGGUCGGAGGGACAGGUCGUCAGAGGGGUCAGAGGGACAGGUCGUCAGAGGGGUCAGAGGGACAGGUCAUCAGAGGGGUCAGAGGGACAGGUCAUCAGAGGGACAGGUCAUCAGAGGGGUCAGAGGGACAGGUCGUCAGAGGGGUCAGAGGGACAUGUCAUCAGAGGGGUCAGAGGGACAGGUCGUCAGAGGGGUCAGAGGGACAGGUCAUCAGAGGGGUCAGAGGGACAGGUCAUCAGAGGGGUCAGAGGGACAGGUCAUCAGAGGGGUCAGAGGGACAGGUCGUCAGAGGGGUCAGAGGGACAGGUCGUCAGAGGGACAGGUCGUCAGAGGGGUCAGAGGGACAGGUCGUCAGAGGGAGUUGGCCGAUAUGUGGAGGGAAGAAUCUAGCGCCCCCGCCCAGACAACAGGAGUUGCUGCUGACUGGGCAUGAGGACGGUACAGUGCGAUUCUGGAAUGUGUCUGCUGUUGCCAUGACUCCUCUCUACAAGCUCAGCACGGCUAACGUCUUCCAUACCGACUGUGACCCUAACGACGACCCCCUGGACCCUACCGACGACCCCGAAGCACUGCAAGAGGAGGAGUGGCCUCCCUUCAGGAAGGUGGGCUGUUUUGAUCCGUAUAGUGAUGAUCCUCGCCUGGGGAUCCAGAAGAUCAGUCUGUGUAAAUACAGCUGUAGACUGGUGGUGGCCGGGACCGCUGGACAGGUGAUCGUGCUGGGUCUGAGUGAUGAAUGGUCGGACCACACGGUCGAUGUCUCCACGGUCGACCUGCUUCAGGACCGAGAGGGGUUCACCUGGAAGGGCCAUGAUAGGCUGGAGCCCCGAGCCAGCCCCGCCCCCUUCCCUCCGGGCUUCCAACCAUUGGUCCUGGUGCAGGCCCUGCCCCCAGCCUCUGUUACCUCCGUGAUGCUGCAUGCGGAGUGGAACCUCGUAGCGUUCGGGACGAGUCACGGCUUCGGACUGUUUGACUACCACAGACGCACUGCUGUACUGGCCAGAUGUACUGGUGUCCCCCUGCACCCUAACGAGGGUCCUCCCCUGAAGAGCUCGAUGGAGGGUCCCCUCAGCAGAGUGAAGAGUCUGAAGAAGUCUCUCAGACAGAGCUUCAGACGCAUCAGGAAGAGUAGAGUGUCUGGGAAGAAACGCCCCGUCCCCACCCCUACCAGCAAGAUCCAGGAGGCCAACGCAGCGCUAGCUGACCAGGAGGAAGUAGCUCCGGUGCAGAGGAGGAUCGAGCCGAGAUCAGCUGACGACUCUCUAUCAGGAGUGGUGCGGUGCCUCUGUUUCGCUGAUACGUACCUCAGAGACGGUACACACCACGGCCCGACGCUGUGGGCGGGGACAAACUCAGGGAGUGUGUAUGCUUACGCGUUGGAGGUUCCGGGUGUGGGGUCGGGCCGUGGACGGCUGGGGGGUGAGGGGAGCGGCUGUGUGGAGGCCGUGUUGGGGAAAGAGAUCCAGCUGAUGCACAGGGCUCCGGUCGUGUCCAUCUGCGUUCUGGACGGACGGGGGAAACCGUUACCAGAACCUUACCAAGCCUCUCUGGACCUGGCUACUGCUCCAGACAUGACUAACCCACACUCUGUCCUCAUCGCAUCAGAGGAACAACUCAAGGUGUUCAGUCUUCCUAAGGUCGGUGCGAAGACCAAGUUCAAGCUGACGGCUCAUGAGGGUUGUCGUGUGCGGAGGGUUGCCAUGGUGACGGUGUGUUCCACAGCCCAGGAGGACUACAGUGAGACCAGUCUGGUCUGUCUGACCAACCUUGGAGACCUGCACUUGUUUAACGUACCUGCCCUACGGCCCCAGGUACGUUAUGACUGUAUCCGUAAAGAGGACAUCAGUGGCAUCGCUUCCUGUGUCUUCACAAGGAACGGGCAGGGGUUCUACCUGAUAUCUCCAUCAGAGUACCAGCGUUUCUCCCUGUCAGCUAAAGUCAUCACAGAACCUCUGUGUACUGUGGAGCUGGAGAGACCUCUGGAGACACACAUCAGCGACGACGCAGCCAUGCCUCUCCGGGCCAACGGAACUCACUGGAACCAGGCUGAAGGGUUAACCGAGGACCGCCAGUGUAGCCUGUCCUCCCCGCCUCCCCUCUCCCCUCUGGACUCCCCCCUCAGCAUGGCUGACGUCAGCCUGGACACCACCGGAGAACUCACUGUAGAGGACGUCAGGGACUUCCUCACUUCCGUGGACGAGGUAGAGAAUAACUUGAGGAACAUCACAGAUGAGGACGGAUGUUCUCUAGGAGUCCUGAUCACCUGACCAGGUCUGCUGUGCUGUGGGAGGAUCAUGUGAUGCUACCUGCCACUCCUCCUCCUCUCAUCCCCCCCAUCACGGCCUUCCAGUCCUGGGGUUGUUGGACUGACCAUGUGACCACUCCUCCUCCUCUCAUCCCCCCCAUCACGACCUUCCAGUCCUGGGGUUGUUGGACUGACCAUGUGACCACUUCGGCUACUGAGGAAAUGACUGAAGAACGUCAUGAUGAACUGUUACCUAACCACUAACACACUACACCUGGUCGACACGUUGGGGAUGGACCUCCUCUUCAUCCCUCCUCUAACCACUAACACACUACACCUGGUCGACAUGUUGGGGAUGGACCUCCUCUUCAUCCCUCCCUCCAUCCCUCCUCUAUCCCUCCUCCAUCCCUCCUCUAUCCUUACUCCAUCCUUCCCUCCCUCCAUCCAUCCCUCCUCUAUCCCUACUUCAUCCAUCCCUCUUCUAUCCCUACUUCGUCCCUCCCUCCCUCCAUCCAUCCCUACUUCAUCCAUCCCUCCAUCCCUCCUCUAUCCCUCCCUCCCUCCUCCCCUACUUCAUCCAUCCCUCCCUCCCUCCCUCCCUUCAUCCCUCCUCUAUCCCUCCCUCCCUCCAUCCCUUCAUCCUCCCUCCAUCCCUCCUCUAUCCCUCCCUCCCUCCUCUAUCCGUCCCCUCCUCUAUCCCUCCCUCCAUCCCUCCCUCCAUCCCUCCUCUAUCCCUCCCUCCAUCCCUCCUCUAUCCCUCCCUCCAUCCCUCCUCUAUCCCUCCUCCAUCCCUUCAUCCCUCCCUCCUCUAUCCCUCCCUCCCUCCAUCCCUCCUCUAUCCCCCUCCCUCCAUCCCUCCUCUAUCCCUCCCUCCAUCCCUCUAUCCCUCCCUCCAUCCCUCCUCUAUCCCUCCCUCCAUCUCUCAGCCCUUCAACUGUGAACAUGGAGGGAUGAAGUUAUAACUUAAUGUUGAGUAGAGAGAUGCCUAACACAGUGAAGUAAACAGUAUUACAUGUUAUUAACAUGAAGGAACUAACCACGAAGGCUUUUCUAUUGAUGAUGUUGCUAUAGAUACACUAUGUUUUCUAUACGUCUGAUAAAUGCUAUUUUAUAUUCUAGGUAGUCUGGAACGCUAAGCUAACGGUUGGCUAACGGUCUGUCUAGAGCUAGCGGUUAGCUAACUGUCUGUCUAGAGCUAACGGUUCGCUAACGGUCUGUCUAGAGCUAACGGUUAGCUAACUGUAUGUCUAGAGCUAACGGUUGGCUAACGGUCUGUCUAGAGCUAGCGGUUAGCUAACUGUCUGUCUAGAGCUAACGGUUCGCUAACUGUCUGUCUAGAGCUAACGGUUCGCACUGUCUGUCUAGAGCUAACGGUUAGCUAACUGUAUGUCUAGAGCUAACGGUUAGCUAACUGUCUGUCUAGAGCUAACGG